AGUGCGGCGCGUCGGGGCCUGGUCGUGGAGUGGGGCCUGCUUCGGGCGAGAUUCCACUAUGUCGAUCGAAAUCGAGUCCUCGGAUGUGAUCCGCCUCAUCAUGCAGUACCUGAAGGAGAAUAGUUUACAUCGGGCAUUAGCCACCUUGCAGGAGGAGACAACAGUCUCUCUCAACACCGUGGACAGUAUCGAGAGUUUUGUGGCUGACAUUAAUAGUGGUCAUUGGGAUACCGUCUUACAAGCUAUCCAGUCUCUGAAACUGCCAGACAAAACCCUCAUUGACCUUUAUGAGCAGGUGGUUCUGGAAUUGAUAGAACUCCGUGAGUUGGGUGCUGCCAGGUCACUCUUGAGACAGACUGACCCCAUGAUCAUGCUAAAACAGACACAACCGGAGCGCUACAUUCACCUGGAGAACCUCUUGGCCAGGUCUUACUUUGAUCCUCGUGAGGCAUACCCAGAUGGAAGCAGCAAAGAGAAGAGACGAGCAGCAAUUGCCCAGGCCUUAGCUGGGGAAGUCAGUGUGGUACCUCCAUCUCGUCUCAUGGCUUUGCUGGGACAGGCACUGAAGUGGCAGCAGCACCAAGGAUUGCUUCCUCCUGGCAUGACCAUUGAUUUGUUCCGAGGCAAAGCAGCUGUCAAAGAUGUGGAAGAAGAAAAGUUUCCUACACAGCUGAGCAGGCAUAUUAAGUUUGGUCAGAAAUCACAUGUGGAGUGUGCUCGAUUUUCUCCAGAUGGUCAGUAUCUAGUCACGGGGUCUGUUGAUGGAUUCAUUGAAGUAUGGAACUUUACAACAGGAAAAAUUAGGAAGGAUCUUAAGUACCAGGCCCAGGAUAACUUUAUGAUGAUGGAUGAUGCAGUUCUCUGCAUGUGUUUCAGCAGAGACACAGAAAUGUUGGCAACUGGGGCUCAAGAUGGAAAAAUCAAGGUAUGGAAGAUUCAGAGUGGACAGUGUUUAAGAAGGUUUGAAAGAGCACACAGUAAAGGUGUCACCUGCUUGAGUUUUUCUAAGGAUAGCAGUCAGAUUCUUAGUGCCUCUUUUGAUCAGACAAUUAGAAUUCAUGGUUUAAAAUCUGGGAAAACCUUGAAAGAAUUCCGUGGCCAUUCCUCCUUUGUAAAUGAAGCAACAUUUACACAAGAUGGACAUUAUAUCAUCAGUGCAUCCUCUGAUGGCACAGUGAAGAUCUGGAAUAUGAAAACCACAGAAUGUUCAAAUACCUUUAAGUCCCUGGGCAGCACUGCUGGAACAGACAUCACUGUGAACAGUGUCAUCCUGCUCCCUAAAAACCCUGAGCACUUUGUGGUGUGCAACAGGUCCAACACAGUGGUCAUCAUGAACAUGCAGGGCCAGAUUGUCAGAAGCUUCAGCUCUGGUAAGAGAGAAGGCGGUGACUUUGUCUGCUGUGCACUCUCUCCUCGCGGCGAGUGGAUCUACUGUGUGGGGGAGGACUUUGUGCUUUACUGUUUCAGCACAGUCACUGGCAAACUAGAGAGAACACUGACAGUCCAUGAGAAGGAUGUGAUUGGCAUUGCUCAUCACCCCCAUCAGAACCUGAUCGCCACCUACAGUGAAGACGGCCUCCUCAAGCUGUGGAAACCUUGAUUUGACUUGUUUUUCAAGAGGCUUUAGCAUGUGCUUAAAUGAAGCACACAUCUUGCUUUUCUUUCCUUUAGGCGAGCCUUUAAAAGCAAAUUGUCUAUUAGGCAGAAGAGUAUUUUGUGAAAAUUCAUUUUUAGGUAGCAAAUACCCUUUUUUGUUUCUUGUGACUAUUUCUUUUAUACUUAUUUUUAUGUCUCUUAAUUGGGACAGCCACUUGAUGUUUGCAAUAAUAUUCUACCUAGACAGUACAGUGGUCAAUCUAAGUGUGAAAAAUUGUAUUCCUGUGAUGAUUUGAAGCGUGCCUGUUGCAGUAAAACUUGUAAAUAAGAACAAUCCCAUUCAGUAGCAAUUUUCUCUCCCAUUUUUUAAAAGAUGUUAAUAAACUUUACCUUUCUGGAG